CCAUUGAGCAACCCCAAUGCAGCGCCGCGCAGCGCCUGUGUAUAGACUCUGAGCCCCCGGCGCCAUUGCGCUCGCGUCGCAUUUCCAGCUGGACAGCUACCAGCAUCCGCGACUCAGUCUCGCGCACCUCUGAUUCUGCGGAAUCGCGGCCCUGCCCAAAAGCAACUACUCCACCCACACCGCGCUCCGAGGCCAGGGUUUGCUUCUCCCACCAUGGGACGCUCCCGCGGCCACUUCUCUUUUCCCAUCCCCGGGCGCCGGUCGCAGAAGAAGCAAGACAGCGCCGCCGCCGGUCCCAGCGCACCGCAUUCUUCCUCCGCCCAGCCAUGGCCCUCCCACCUCGACGAGCCCGCCAGUAAAGCACACCGCGUGCUGGGCACCUCUGAAGCGCCAGUCUUCCGCACACAGUCCCGCCAGACCAACACCAUGCCGUCCAGUCCAGCGUGCAGGAACAUCACCGUCUCGUCUCAGCCCGGCCACAGCAACGAGUAUGUCUGCAGGAAGUCGGCCGCUGCGACCGAAUCCACCAGGCGGCCCGCCAUGUCGAUCCGCCCGCCGCCAGACAUGCUGGGGGCCACCACCGGCGACAGCUCGCGGCGGGGCUCAGACAACAGCACCGCCAGCUACCGGCUCCAUCCCCAGACGUCCAGCUCCACCAUGCGCUCGCAUUAUGACGCAAAGAGCUCGCCGCUCUCCAUCUCUCAGCAAACAUCAAAUUCCGCAGUCCGCGACAUGGCAUUGAGGCGGGGGAAGCCGCAGAUAGUCACAGAGCGUCAUGCCCAUACCUUCAACGGCUACGAUGCUAGUCCGUUGUCGCCAAUGUUGGACUCCGAAAGACGCAAGAGCAAGCCUGCACGGUUAGACCUCUCGAAACUAUUCCCCAAACCAAAUGCUGGAGGCGGCCAGAAAUACUCGAACGCACUUCUCUCACCGAACAAGAUGGUGAACUCACCAGCUGCCAUGUCAAUGAACUCGGAAUACUUCGCACAGCCCAUGACCAGAGAACCUACGCCGGCGCCAAAGGGACACGCAAAGCUGACCAAGCAUGCUACUCGCCGACACGCAGAGCAUGCUCCACCGGUGCCGAAAUCUCCAAAGCGACUCUUCAAGCGUGACGAGUACGACAACGCAAAAGUCCACGUUCGCAGACCACCAAAGGGAGUCCAACAUUGGUUUGAUGCGCUGGACGAAGAUAGUGACGAAGCACUGGACUCGCCGAAACAGCAAGUGCAUGCUCCACAGGCACGGCGUACGAGCAACACACCCAAGAUUCCACUCCGCAACACCUCACUUGACGGCCUUUACCAGAGCACCGCACCCUCACAUCCUGCACCACGAGCACAGAAAUCGGUCCCGGGUUUCAGCAGCGAUUCUUUCUCCCACGAAGACAUGAUCGAUGUCCAUGGACUGACCUCACCAAGUCAAUUCUCCCUGCCAAACUCGACCAAGACAAAAGAGUCAUCACUCUCGAAGCACAACCUUCAAGACUCGAGUUGUCUGUCUUUCUCCUCAUCUGAGGAUGAGUAUGACGAAGAACGACGCGCGCUUCGUAACUUUACAGUUCGCAAGAGCAUCAACAUGGAUGACGAUGCUGACGAUAUUGUGUUUGGUCAGGCCCAGGCUUAUGAAGUGCGACCCACCCGCGACCUCGAUCGAAAGAUGAGCAUAACAUCGACGUCGACAAGUGCUGCCACAAUUGACAUCAUGUACACACCCGAACCAGUCUCAACGCAUACCUUCUCGAGAAUUUCCAACUACAGCGCCAGUCGACGUUCAAGCCACUUGCGGCAACCUUCUGUCAUCCUCGAAGACGAGGACGACCGUCCAAGGACCGCCACACACGCGCCAACCUCUUCAUCAGCAUACAGUGUACGCAGCACACGUACCUCGGCAAGUGAGCCUCAUCCACAAUCAGCUGCGGCAGAUCGAAAGAUGAUGGCAGUUACACCCGAGGAGGAGGCUCUCCUGGAGUUGAUGCGCAAGAAGCGUGCUUCGAUGGCGAAGCAGAGCUCGAUAAGUUUGAGCAAUGCCUACAUUGAGCAGGAAGGCCAGCGACAGAGAGCUCUCGAAGCGCUGCAGAAAUCCGGUCGCACACCAGCGUUCUUGGCGAACGAGAUGCCAGCAGCCAGCCCUGUGAAGCUUGUGGAGAUGAAGUCAAAGCGAAAGUCGGUGGCUGCAUCCUCGACCUCAUCUACACAUCUGACACCGCCACCUCGAGGUAGAUCCUCACAAACCUCCCAUGACGCGAACAACAUCGACACUCUCCGCGACAGCUCAGUCAGUGACGGUGAAGGCUUUGGCUUCCCUAUUACUCGAGGCUCGCUACCUCACCACAUUCCUACGCCUGGCGCCUUCUCCCCGUUAUACCCGUUCCCUCCAAUCUCGCCUUCCCACGCAGCAAGUGUCGCUUCCCCAACCACCAUCGAUCACGUCUCGCCUCUGCCUUCGCCAGUCACCCCCGGUCCUCGCGUCGGCGCCCACGAUACCGUGAAGAUUGCCAGCAGCGACACUAGUGCGGACAUUGAGGAUGUCGCCCUUCUCGACGCUGAUGUUCCCGUCCACAUCAUCAAGGCCGCCAAGUCGCUUGAGACCAUCGGGUCGAAUCAUCAGCGUCGUCAUACUUCAACAUCUGGCGCGAGUAUGAGCUUCCCCGUACCACCGUCUUUUGGUGCAAAGGACCUCGCUCCUGUCACCGAAGCAAGUAUUUUGUCACGGGCACCGAGCAUCAUUGAACCUUCCAUGCCCGCUGUACCAGAGCGUAGCUCCAAACGCAAGAGUGUACUCGCUCUUGCAAUGGAGCAGCGCAGCAGGCAAAGCAGUGUUGGAAGCAAUACAUCUUCGCGCUCACAUGCAUCCAGCAUGAACGCGCCGAGCAUAUUGACCGGGCGCGAACGCUCCAGACAUGCUAGUCGCGGCAGCAGUGUCGCUAGCAUGACCAGGAGUAAGGCGAGGAACAGUGUAAGCGAUGACGUGCUCGCUGCCUGGGGCAGUCUAGGAGGCACAUACUGAUUACGGGACGAACGUAUCAACGCGCACGCUCUCAUAAUCUCGGGCAGCCAUCUACCAUUUCCCGCUACUCCUUGUUUUCUUCGAUUCAGCUGUUCGAUAUCCUCGUUCACGCAUUAUAUUAUUUUUUUCAGUCUCUUAGCCUCUCUAGAUGUCCGUUCUGUAAGUCGCAGUGCGCGCAACGAGUUUCGUUCUGUCUUCUCUAGUGUUGUUAUCUACUGCCAUCUACGAACUCAUAGUCAUGUUGUCCAC